AUGUCUGCCGAAAACACUAACAAUAACACUAGUAAUAUCCCUAAAGGUGCUUUUAGUUUCCCAAAGGAAGAAGAGGAUAUUAUUAAGCAUUGGGACGAUGUCGAUGCUUUCCAAAGAACUUUAGAAUUGACUAAAGAUUUGCCACCAUUUGCAUUUUUUGAUGGUCCUCCAUUUGCUACAGGUACUCCUCAUUAUGGUCAUAUUUUGGCAUCCACUGUUAAGGAUAUCAUCCCACGUUAUGCCACUAUGAAUGGAUUCCAUGUUGAAAGAAGAUUUGGUUGGGAUACACACGGAUUACCAGUCGAACAUGAGAUUGACAAAAAGUUGGGUAUCACUUCAAAAGAAGAUGUCUAUGCCAUGGGUAUUGAUAAGUACAAUGCCGAGUGUCGUUCCAUUGUUAUGAGAUACGCCGACGAAUGGCGUAGAACCAUCAAGAGAUUAGGUAGAUGGAUUGAUAUGGACAAUGAUUAUAAGACCUUGUACCCUGAAUUUAUGGAAUCUGUAUGGUGGGCAUUUAAGGAAUUGUUCAAGAAAGAUGCUGUCUACAGAGGUUUGAGAGUUAUGCCUUACUCAACUGCCUGUACUACACCAUUGUCUAACUUUGAAGCCCAACAAAAUUAUAAAGAAGUCAACGAUCCUGCUAUCACUAUUUCCUUCCCAUUAAUUGAUGACGAAGAUACCAUUUUGGUUGCUUGGACUACUACUCCAUGGACUUUGCCAGCUAACAUUGCCUUAGCCGUCAAUCCAAACUUUGAGUACGUCAAGAUUUACGACGAAGACAAGAAGAAGAACUUUAUUCUUUUAGAAUCUUUGCUUACUACUUUGUACAAGAAACCAAAGACCGCUAAAUUUAAGGUUGUUGAAAAGAUUCAAGGUAAGGACUUGGUUGGUCUUAAAUACAAGCCAUUGUUUAACUACUUUUAUGAAGAAUUUAAAGAUACUGGUUUCAAAGUCAUUCCUGCCGACUAUGUUACUAAUGAUUCUGGUACUGGUAUUGUUCAUCAAGCUCCAUCAUAUGGUGAAGAGGAUUUCAACGCUGGUACUGCCGCUGGUGUCAUUAGUGAAAAAAAGACUCCACCAAAUAUUGUUGACGAUUCCGGUAAAAUGGAAGCUAAUGUCCCUGAAUUUGCUGGUAUGUACUUUAAGGACGCUGAUAAAGCCAUCAUUAAGAAGUUGACCGAAGAUGGCAGAAUCUUGGUCAAUUCUCAAUCUAAGCAUUCAUACCCAUUCUGUUGGAGAUCAGAUACUCCAUUGAUGUACAGAACUGUUCCAGCUUGGUUUGUUAGAAUCGGGGAAGUCAUUCCACAAAUGUUGGAUAAUGUUGAAAAAACCAAUUGGGUUCCUUCCAAUAUUAAAGAUAAGAGAUUCUCUAAUUGGAUUGCAAAUGCCAGAGACUGGAACAUCUCAAGAAACAGAUACUGGGGUACCCCUAUCCCAUUGUGGGUUUCCGAUGAUUUUGAAGAAAUUGUCUGUGUUGGUUCUAUUGACGAAUUGAAGGAAUUGUCUGGACGUGAUGACAUCACUGACAUCCAUCGUGAAAGUAUUGACUCCAUCACCAUUCCAUCCAAGAAAGGAAAGGGUCAAUUGAAGAGAAUUGAAGAAGUAUUUGAUUGUUGGUUUGAAUCUGGUUCUAUGCCUUAUGCUUCUCAACAUUAUCCUUUCGAAAACGAAAAGAAAUUCUUGAAUGCUUUCCCAGCUAACUUUAUUUCUGAAGGUUUGGAUCAAACUAGAGGAUGGUUCUACACUUUGACCGUUUUAGGUACUCAUUUGUUCAACACUGCUCCAUACCAAAAUGUCAUUGUUACUGGUAUUGUUUUAGCUGCUGACGGUAAGAAAAUGUCUAAGCGUUUGAAGAACUACCCUGAUCCAACUUUAGUCUUGGACAAGUAUGGUGCUGAUGCAUUGAGAUUGUACUUGAUCAACUCCCCUGUCUUAAGAGCCGAAACUUUGAAAUUCAAAGAAGAAGGUGUUAAAGAAAUUGUUUCAAGUGUCUUGUUGCCAUGGUACAACUCUUUCAAGUUCUUGAAAGAUGCUGCUGAUUUGUUCAAGAAGGAACAAAACCAAGACUUUGUUUACGAUUCCAGCUUGAAAUCUACCAAUGUCAUGGACAGAUGGCUUUUGGCUUCUAUCCAAUCUUUGAUCAAAUUCAUUCACCAAGAAAUGCAAGGUUACAGAUUGUAUACCGUUGUUCCAAAAUUAUUGCAUUUCAUUGAUGAUUUGACCAACUGGUACAUUAGAUUUAACCGUCGUAGAAUUAAGGGUUACUCAUCAGAAGACACAGACGAUACCAGAAAGGGUCUUAAUACUUUGGCUGAAGCUUUAUUGACUUUGUCUAGAGCCAUGGCUCCAUUUACCCCAUACUUGGCUGAUGGAAUUUACCAAAGAAUCAAGGUCUACUUCACCAAUGAAGACUUGACUAAAUUUGCUAUCAAUCCAAAUAACGUUGACUUGAGAUCCGUCCAUUUCUUGAGUUAUCCAUCCGUUAGACAAGAAUUGUUUGAUGAAAAGAUUGAGCUUGCUGUUUCAAGAAUGCAAAAGGUCAUUGACUUGGCUAGAAACAUCAGAGAAAAGAAGAUGAUUUCAUUGAAGACCCCAUUGAAUGAAUUGGUUGUCUUGAACUCUGAUCCUUCCUUCUUGAGUGAUGUUGAAUCAUUAAAGGGAUACAUUAGUGAUGAAUUGAAUGUUCGUAAUGUUGUCAUUACUUCUGACGAAGCUAAAUACUGUGUUGAAUACUCAUGUGUUGCUGAUUGGCCAGUAUUGGGUAAGAAGUUGAAGAAAGAUGCCAAGAGAGUCAAAGAUGCUUUACCAAAUGUUUCAUCUGCUGAAGUCCAAAAAUUUGCUGAAUGUGGUAAGAUUACUGUUGAUGGCAUUGAUUUGGUCACUGAAGACUUGCAAGUCCAAAAAGGUUUAUCUGCUUCAAAGGCUGCUGAAGGACAAGAGUUUAGAUCUCACCAAGACAUGUUGGUUAUCUUGGAUGUCAACUUACAUCCAGAAUUAGAAAGCGAAGGUUUGGCAAGAGAAUUGAUUAACCGUAUCCAAAGAUUGCGUAAGAAGGUUGGAUUACAAACCACUGAUGAUGUUCAAGUCCAAUACGAGGUUGUCAAGGACACCAUCGACUUACCAAACGUUAUCAAGCAAAAUGAAGAAUUGUUGUUGAAGUCAACCAAAUACCCAAUUCAAGAAAUCAAUAAUUCUGCUGAAUCAUCAGAAGUCAUCACUGACGAAGAACAGACUAUUAACGAUACCGUCUUUAAAUUGAGAUUGUUGAGAAUCUAG